ACAUAAGAACUCAUCUCUUCCCGCCUCUGUGUGUCUCUGUCUGCUUCUCCACAUCCUUCCUUCUUCGAUCUGCUUCGCAACAAAUUGAACGGUUCCCUUCCUAAGUUGCUGCUUACAUCGAGAAGCUCUACACACGACGAGCAACAUAACAGUGCCAAGAACAAAUCUCAGGGACUGUAUACUUUUAAGGACUGAAACUUGUUUGGUGGCUCUAUGAUUAUGAUCUAAAGAAGUAUAUAUGGUGGGAAAAAUCUUAUAAAUGUCUUCUUGAAUACAUUUAGAUCAAAUGACCUGAUGCUGAGUCAGUGCGAGCAUGAAUAUCGUCUAACACUGCGUCAUGUUCAAGACAAAGGUCAAGUUCAUCCCGUCGGGAGCUCUUCGGCUUAAACUGAAGCAUUCAUUAAAGCUUUACUUUGAGUUGCAAAUGGGACAAAUUUGAACUGUUAGAUUAUGGCUGCUCGAUCCCUGUUUACGUGGCCAACACAUAUUCUUUUGGUACUAGGUACUUUUUGGUUUAUUUGGUCAAAGAGCCUUUUCGUAUGGAGUGUCUCCACCACAUGAUACAAUAAUGGAUGAACUUUCUGCUAGAUGAAAGGAAGCUAGGAGGAAGGUGUUGGAGUCUCUUAUAGAGUUACAUAGUGUAUUAGAAUGAAAAAAGCUAAGCUUUAUAUAAAUAUAAUUUUGUCUGUAUGUAUUGUACUUACCAUUCCUAGGUUACCAAUUGUCUGUAUGGAUUGGAUAAGAUCUAGCGGAAAAUUUAAAAAUUUUUAUAUUGUGAAAACAAAAAAAAAUUCACAAUAUAAAAAAAAAUUGUCUGUAUUGAGAGAGAGAGAGAGGGGCCACUCCUAGGGCAAACCUAGGGCGGCCGUAUCGGUCACCGCUUUCAUCGGAAGUAAGGCACAUACGGGGGUAGAACUGAACGAUGGUGGAGAAUGGACUGAGGUGAGGCAUAGACGUCGGAAAGAGCUAAGACAGGUCGAUGGAGGUUAUAACAGGAUAUGACAGAGAAGGCACUACAGGUCUCAAUCGAUCACUCCUCCUAGACAUCAUUUAUCAAACGAUCAGCAUCAGUGGUCUCAUCAUCGCGCGCGAGAUCGCCAUAAGAUGGGAGAGAAGAAGCAAAGGUUAUAAACACAAUACAAGGAAAUCAAGAUCUUGCAAUUAGAUCAAAAACUGAGGGAAGUUCUAAAAGGUAUGCUAUGCAGAGGAUAUCUGUUGAACAGAAGAAAGGAGAGGAUGAUGCCGAUAUGCAUCUUGCUCGCAAUAUAAUGCAGAACAAGCAGUUUAAAGUUUCUACUCAGGCAGACGAUGAAUAUGACUUUGAAGAUGGUCCAAGCAGAAAGAGUAGAAAGAAACAAGGGGGUGAAGACCCCAAAAAUAUCCAAAAAAAGACAAAUGCAAAUCGAUUCUUGACCCAGAAAGAACGUUGCCUCUUUUGUCUAGAGAAUCCAAAUCGGCCUAUGCAUCUUGUGGUGUCUAUUGCAAAUUUCACAUAUCUUAUGUUGCCACAGCGGCAGCCCUUGGUACCCGGUCAUUGCUGUAUUCUACCCAUUCACCAUGAAUCAGCUACGAGAACCGUGGAGGAUAAUGUGUGGGUAGAAAUUAGAAAUUUCAAAAAAUGUCUUAUUAUGAUGUUUGCAAAGCAAGAUAAGGAAGCGGUGUUUCUUGAAACUGUGAUGGGAUUGGCUCAGCAACGGCGCCAUUGUAUGAUUGAGUGCAUUCCUUUACCCAAAGAUAUUGCUAAUGAGGCUCCUUUAUACUUUAAAAAGGCAAUUGAUGAAGCAGAAGAUGAGUGGAGCCAGCACAAUGCUAAAAGACUCAUUGAUACAAGUGAAAAGGGGUUGCGCAACUCCAUUCCCAAGGACUUCCCAUAUUUUCAUGUAGAGUUUGGUCUAAACAAAGGUUUUGUCCAUGUUGUCGAUGAUGAAAAGCAGUUUAAGAGUAAUCUUGGCUUGAAUGUCAUUAGAGGCAUGCUGCAUUUGGCUGAGGAAGACAUGUAUAGACGUCAAAGGUACGAGGCACUGGAGGUGCAAAAGCAAGCUGUUUCCAGUUUUUCCAAAGAUUGGGGACAUUUUGACUGGACAAAGCAGCUACAUGAAACAUAACAACACAUUAUACAGAUUUGGCUACAUUGACAUCUUACGAAUUAUCCUUUUUCCAAUAGAAACAAAUCAUUGUAACCGAUCGCCAAGAGAUAGCAGUUUCUCCACAUGUAAUGUAAGGUAGUGAUAUAACCUGUUCAUGGUCGGGCUUUAUGAAAAUGAGGGAAUAUCCAAAACCAGUAAGCUAUCGUAUUAAAAAGUUCUAAUGCUAUAAGCAUUUCAUAUAAGCUGUUUAUACAAAUGGACCCAUAGUCUAUUUAUUUGUGCUCAAAAUUUGGAAAUAAUAUUAAAAAAUUAUUCCACAA